CCCCCCCCCCCCCCCUCUUGCCACUGUCCGCACCUUCGCCCGCUGUCGCAUACACAGCCGCCCGUACCCGCCUGAGAGUCAUGUCCGACCGUAAGCGCGCCCGCAUCGACAUCGGCACCCCCGGGGCCGAGCAGACCGCCGCCGCUGCGGGGGGCCGAUCCGAGGCCGCCCAGAAGGCCGCCAUCGGCGAGCCCACCACCAACGUCUUUGACGGGGGCAAGCCCUUCAGCGACCGGUACUACGAGAUCCUCGCCACUCGCAAGGAGCUGCCGGUGUGGCAAUUCCGUGACCAGUUCAAGAAGAUGCUCCGCGACAACCAGAUCUGCGUGCUGGUCGGAGAGACGGGUUCCGGUAAGACCACUCAGAUCCCCCAAUAUUGUGCGGAGGUUUGCCAUGAGGAUGGUAUCCAGGGCAUGGUCAGCUGUACUCAGCCCCGUCGAGUGGCCGCCAUGAGUGUGGCCCAGCGUGUCGCACAGGAGAUGGACGUCAAGUUUGGUGAGCAGGUCGGUUAUACCAUCCGUUUUGAGGACUUCACCUCGAAGAACACCCUGCUCAAGUACAUGACCGAUGGUAUGCUCCUGCGUGAGGCCAUGAACGACCCCCUGCUGGAGCGCUACUCGGUCAUCAUCCUGGAUGAGGCUCACGAGCGUACCCUGUCGACCGAUGUCCUGAUGGGUCUGAUCAAGGAGAUCGCCGCCUCGCGCGCGGACCUCAAGAUUGUGGUCAUGUCUGCCACCCUGGAUGCCGAGAAGUUCCAGAGCUACUUCAACGACUGCCCCCUGCUGACGGUCCCCGGCCGAACCUUCCCGGUGGAGAUCUUCUACACCCCGGAGCCCCAACCCGACUACUUUGAGGCCGCCCUGCGCACUGCCAUGCAGAUCCACCGCUAUGAGCCGGAAGGCGACAUUCUCCUCUUCCUCACGGGUGAGGAGGAAAUCGAGGAGGCCUGCCGGACUUUGCGCAAUGAGGCGCAGAAUUACGACUGCGGCGAGCUCCUUUGUGUUCCGCUCUACUCGACCCUGCCGCCGAACAUGCAGCAGCGCAUCUUCGACCCGGCCCCCCCGGCCCGCAAUGGCAAGCCCGGCCGCAAGAUUGUCGUCUCCACCAACAUCGCCGAGACGUCCAUCACCAUUGACGGCAUUGUCUAUGUGAUUGAUCCUGGCUUCGCCAAGCAGAAGGUCUUCAACCCCCGCGUCCGAGUGGAGUCCCUGCUGGUGUCGCCCAUCUCCAAGGCCAGCGCCCAGCAGCGCGCCGGUCGUGCCGGUCGUACCCGCCCUGGCAAGGCCUUCCGCCUUUACACCGAGAAGGCCUUCAAGAAGCAGCUCCAGGACACCACGCACCCGGAGAUGCUCCGGUCGAACCUCGGGUCGGUGGUCCUGCAGCUGAAGAAGCUCGGCAUCGACGAUCUGGUCAACUUCGACUUCAUGGACCCCCCGGUCCCGGAGACCCUGAUGCGCGCUCUCGAGAUGCUGAAUUACCUCGGGGCCCUGGACGACGAUGGUAACCUCACUUCCGUCGGCGAGAUGAUGUCCGAGCUGCCGCUUGACCCGGAGCUGGCCAAGAUGCUCAUUGCCUCACCGGAGCACAAGUGCUCCAACGAGAUCCUCUCCAUUGUGGCCAUGCUUUCCGUGCCGAACUGCUUCAUUCGCCCCAACGACCAGCGCAAUGAGGCCGACAGUGCCAAGGCCCAGUUCGUUCACGAGGAGAGUGACCACAUCACCCUGCUCAACGUGUACCAUGCCUUUGUGGCCAACAACAUGGACCAGAAGUUCUGCUACAACAAUUACCUGAACUUCCGGUCGCUCAAGUCCGCCGACAGCGUGCGCCAGCAGCUCCUGCGCAUCUUCAAGCGUCUGGGCCUGGAGCUGAACUCCACCCCCUUCGAGGACCGGCGCUACUAUGACAACAUCAAGCGGGCCAUCCUGAGCGGCUUUUUCAUGCAGGUCGCCCACAAGGAGCGCAGCGGCGGCUACCUCACCGUCAAGGACAACCAGAUUGUGUCGAUCCACCCCUCGUCCUCGAUCAACCACCGCCCCCAGUGGACCAUCUACCAUGAGUUCGUGCUGACCACGAAAAACUGGAUCCGGACAGUGACCGCCGUCAAGCCGGAGUGGCUGCUCGACGCGUCGCCGGACUACUUCGACCUGACGAACUUCCCCCAGUGCGAGGCCAAGAUUGAGAUCGAGCGUCUGAUCCAGCGCCGUGCGCGCCACAACAAGCGCUAAUGCCUGGCCACCGCGUGCCAUCUCUGCCCCGGGUUGGGUAGCCGCGCGCCCCCAAUCCCCCAUGCCCACGUCGGGAUCUGUUUCUCCCCUCUCCUCCCCCCUCUCCCCCUCUCCCUUCGCGUGCUGUCCUUGUCACCCCAAUAUACAUAUACUCUCUGUCAA